GAAAUGCUCCACCCACCUUUAGUUUUUUUUUUUUGCCGAAGGCGAGUGAGGCGAUAGUGUGUUUGCGAGCGCGGAAAGCCGAGAGAUUAAAAACACAACGAAAUAGGUGACAGCUGCAGCCGCCAAGACGCCCAGCGACACCUGUAUGAUGUGUGGUGGCCCCCCCCAGCUCAUGGGCCCCCCCUCUGUCUGAGCCUGUGCUGACGGGGUUGGGGGGGGGUCCUUGACGGCCAUGCGUCUGACUGCACGCCGUGGGGCCACAGGACUCCUGUGCCUUCUGGCAGUUUGCAUCCUGCUGCGGAUCCUCCAGGGGGCGCUAGAGUGCCCACGUCGCAGACGGAUAACUGGGGCGCCUUCGGUGUCGGUGCGUGACUGGCAGCACACUGAGUACCGGUACGGGCGCGACGCCCCGCUGGUGUUUGUAGGUGGCGUGCCUCGGUCGGGGACUACACUGAUGCGUGCCAUGCUGGACGCCCACCCACACGUGCGCUGUGGUGAGGAGACCCGCGUUAUUCCACGCCUGCUGGCCCUCCGCCAGGGCUGGGCGCGGCCCGGACAGGAGCGCCAGCGGCUAGAGGAGGCAGGCGUCAACCAGGAGGUGCUGGACUCGGCUGUGGCUGCCUUCCUGCUGGAAGUAAUCGCGAGGCAUGGGGAACCUGCCCCCCUGCUUUGCAACAAAGACCCCUUCACACUGAAAAGUGCAGUCUACCUCUCACACCUUUUCCCCAACUCCAAGUUCCUGCUGAUGCUGCGUGAUGGCCGGGCAGCCGUGCACUCCAUGAUCUCCCGGCGUGUCACGAUUGCGGGCUUCGACCUGUCCAGCUACCGGGACUGCCUGAGCAAAUGGAGCCGCGCGGUGGAGGCCAUGCUGGCGCAGUGCGUGCAGGUGGGCUCGGCCCGCUGCAUGACGGUGCGCUACGAGAGCCUGGUGCUGCAGCCGCGCGCCACGCUGCAGGCGGUGCUGCGCUUCUUGGACGUGCCGUGGCACGAGGGCGUGCUGCACCACGAGGAGGCCAUUGGCCAGCUGGGAGGCGUGUCCCUGUCACGGAUCGAGCGCUCCACAGACCAGGUGAUCAAGCCAGUGAACAUGGAGGCCCUCACACGCUGGGUGGGCCACAUCCCCGCUGACGUCCUGGCAGACAUGGCUGAGAUUGCCCCUAUGCUGAGCCAACUGGGCUACAACCCAAACGCCAAUCCCCCGGCCUACGGCCAGCCGGACCCAGUGGUGGUCAACAACACCGAGAGGGUGUUGAGAGGAGACUUUAAGACACCAGCCAGUUUGAAAGGGCAGCCUGCGGUGUACCUAAAUAACUCCAACACAGAGAGGUGAAAAGGUUCUGGAAUAUCAACACCUCUUACCAGGUCAACCUCACAAUCGGGCCUCAGGCACUGUCCCGGCCCAGCACUCCAUGCACUGACAACCUCCUGUCAUCAGGCAGUCGACUCAAAAUGUCCCACUGCUGAUUUUAUUUUCAUAAUUUUUAUAUAUUUUCAUCACCUUUCAGUUUUGUACUUUUCAUCCUUUUAUACUUUUUUUCUCUACUUAUGCUAUCAUGAUCUUUUCUGUUAAUAACCUUGAUUAAAUGAAUAUUGAAUAGAUUAAUAUUGCUAGGUAUAUUUUGUUAGAUAAUACGACUAAUCUUAUACAAAGUUCAGAGUUUGGUACAUUUCAUUGAACUGUAAUUUUUCCCUUUUUUUCUGGAUUUUUUUUUUAAUCAUUGUGAGGAACCUGUCUUUAAUUCAGCCUGUCAAUUUUGUCCUUUUUUGUUUAGUGAUGUAUCCAGUUAAUGUAGCCAAGGAAACGGCCAAGCUUGGUCCAACAGGCAGUUAGAAUGUGGAAUUUUUUUUUUGUAUACAUGAUCCCUAAAAGUCUUUCAGAACACAUUUGAAAAAUAUAAAUUACAACAAUAGUAAUGGCUGAAAUUUCCAUGAAAUCAAUGUGGUAAACUAAUAUGUUGUAUGUUGAAAUGUAUAAAUAUUAGGAAUUACAAGAAAGGCAACAAAAGACAGCUGUUACAUGGCUUACCUGAGCAGAAACUGUUGCUGCUACUUUCAUUUGUUCAAGAACGGCUUGAUUUCAGGUGCAGUUCAGUAUCACUGUGAAUAUAUGAAUUUGCACAGGAGCCACACCUGAACUGUGGCCUUGGGUUCCCAUAAACAAAAUGAAGUCUUCAGCUGGAAAAGCAGCACAAGAAGUAGGUGGCCCAUUGUGGCCCUUACGUGUCAGGCCCCCCCACUGUACAACGUAUGUCAGAGCUUAAGACUGUGACCUCAAAAUGUUUGUUUGGCAGGAAAGUAAGAAAGGUGCUGGAAUAUUUUUAAAAUUUCACCUUACUGUAGGAGAUACGAGAUACAUUUAGUGUACAUGUCUGUCAGCAGUAAUUUCAACUGUUUAGUUUAUAGGUGCCUGAGCAGAAUUAACUGCAUUUUGUGUUGGAAUUUUGUAUAAAAAUCAUAUACAUAACUUUAUAAUUCAAGUUGCAUUUUUUUAAAAACUCGUUUGUGGGAUUUGCAGGGUACUAAACUGGCUGAAAUGAGGAAUAGUAAUGACUACUGUUCAAACUGUUUCAGCAGCAAAUUCUGCACUAAAUUCUAUGUUGUAAACCUUGUACUUCAUACAUAUUCUCUUCUCAAAUUCAACAAAUGACAGCUGGGAUAUUCCAGUGUACAUAGUGCCUGAAGGAAUUACUGGUAUGGAUGCACAGUGUCUUUUUUUUUUUUACUCUGUGUGUGUGCGUGUGUGUGUGAGUACACACACAAAAGUAUGCAUUUACCUGUGUACAUAUACAUAUCAGUAACUAAUCAAAUCUGUACAUAUUUUUCCUGUUUUCAAGUACAGUUUUAAAGCACAUUCAUUAAAAUUGAAUUUGUA